UCCCGGACUCCGCAGGGCCGGCCCCCUCCGCUCCCGCGGUGCCUCAGCGCCGCGAGCCGGAGCCGGCACCGCCCCACCCCCCAGCCAACCAAUAGACAGGGCAAUUCUGCGCUCCCAGCAGGCUAUGCGGCAGGCUGUCUCGCACUUGUCAUUGGUCACUGCAACUGCCCCUCCCGUCCGUGCACCAAUGGCUGGGCGGCCUCGCUGGGGCGGGCCGCAGUUCCCGCGCGUGCGCGCUUGGCCCCCGUAGUGCGGCCGGGCAGCGCGGGCGGAUCCCUGCUGAGACGCGCCGUCCUGGAGCAGCCGGAGGCCGCGAGUCGGCCCGAGGCGCCGGAGGACGAUGAGGACGAGGAGGAGGCGCUGCCGCACUCCGAGGCCGUGGACGUGUUCCAGGAGGGUCUGGCCAUGGUGGUGCAGGACCCGCUGCUCUGCGAUCUGCCGAUCCAGGUGUGUAGUGCCACGGUCCUGGACCUGAAGAAGGCCAUCCAGAGAUACAUGCAGCUCAAGCAGGAGCGUGAAGGGGGCAUUCAGCACAUCAGCUGGUCCUAUGUGUGGAGGACGUACCAUCUGACCUCUGCAGGAGAGAAGCUCACAGAAGAUAGGAAGAAGCUCCGAGACUACGGCAUCCGGAAUCGAGACGAGGUUUCCUUCAUCAAAAAGCUGAGGCAAAAAUGAGCCUCCAAACAAGGACAGCUCUCUUCACUGGUGGCAGAGUUUUUUCCCAACAGCU